AUGACAGAGACUUUGAUCGUGGCCCGUAAUGUGUUUCUGCUUCUGAUUGGACUGGUUGUCGAGAAUCCCGACGAGGCGGUUCAUUCCAUCAUUCACCUCUGGUACUCGGCUCUCGUGCGAGAAUCCAAUAUCGACAUUCUCCAUACUCGAAUUCGACCUCUAAUUCAAGACAUCUGUAUGAAGAUCAAGCACAAGCCAUCGAAAAUUCUCUUGGCCAACACCCUAGCUCAUUCAAGAAGAGAUCGCCGUGACCGAUACAUGACAUGUCUCCCGCCUUCCGAACGAAUCGCGUUUCACAAGUUUCGCCAAAACGGGCUUUUGCUUCCCUUUGGAUUCCCGCGUCAUGAUUUCACCGAGCCAAACCCGCCCGUUAACCGGAUAAUUAAAGGCUUGAAACCAAUGAAGGGUAACGCGGAUACUCUCAACGGAUGGUCUUUAGAACAGGCUUCGAAACAAGCCAACGAAGCUGCUCCCGCUGAUAUUUACGGCAAACUUUUUUUUCUACGCGAAAUACUCCGUUCUUUUCUUGACCGGGUGUCUAACUUCACAAUCGCCUUGAGGCUUCUCCAUCUUGACGCGUCUUGCCUCCCUGAUCAUCUCGACAAUGAUUCUUUCAGUCGCAUGGAUAUAAGCGACCAACGCCUGAUCAAUCCCUCCCCUACUUGUAUACCAAUCACCUGUUCAAUAUUGAGGAUACCAGGUCCAAGACUCUUCUCUAGAUCGAGACACUGA